UCUUCUUCCCUCCCCACCGAAUUCAUCUUCAUCUGCUCGAUCGGCCUGCAAUUCGAUCCACUGCAUGUUGCAUGCAUGCCAUAUUCGUGAUUAACCCUAAAAAGAGUACAGAAAAAACCUAUUUUCCUGGAAAUCAACCCUACCAGCUCGUUGCUAUAUAUCACUUAGUCCUCAAAAAUCACAGCCUUUGUGCGUUACUUAGUACUGAUCGAUCACUUUGUUUCAAUUCCAGCUAACCCUAUCGGCCUCCUACCUCCUUUAAUUCUGCCCCCAUCGAUUCAGCAGCUAGUCGAUCAUCCAUGAACACUUUGCCCAUUUCGUCAAUUUUCUCACUCCUUUUCCUUCUGGUUUCCAUCAUGUUUUGUUUCCGUAAGCAGUUUUACAAGCUAAAUCGUUUGUCCAUCGUUUGGAAAAAUGUCGUCUUGGUUGCUUCACGUCUUACAAAGUUGCUCGAUCUCUUGCUUUAUCAUUCCUUCUCCAAGAGGUGGUACGAGCAUGAUCACCAUCGUGACAUGGCACAAUAUAGCAGCUGCGACCAAGAACGUCGACCAACAAACGACGUUUACGAGUGGAAGCCGGCCGCCGGGUCUGAUGAGGAAGAUCAAGUAGAAUGUGCGGUGUGUCUGUGCAAGAUUGAGGAAGGCGAAGAGAUUAGAGAGUUGAGAUGUGACCAUAUUUUUCAUAGAAUUUGCUUAGACAGAUGGCUUGGAUACAAUCGCGUAACCUGUCCCCUUUGUCGUGAUUCGCUGUUCAUGCGUAGGAAUGUCACUGAACUUGGAGUGGAAUUGCUGCAUUUCAAAUAUUGUUGUCUCAACUCAGUUGACCGGCGCCAAACAUGGUGGCUGCGCUGAAUCUAUAUAUAUAUAUAUAUAUAUAUGAGAACAUAUAUAGCAAAAAAACCAAGUCCCUGUAAUGCUACUUUCAUUUCCUCCUACCUACCUUUUUUUUUUUUUUUUGAAAUAACACCUUCUAGUCAGUUAUAUAUUUACACUAAU